GCCACUAUGAUAGCCCCUUCCAGCGCCUGGGUCCGCGUCGGCCUGAGGCGCAUCCCAAAUGCCUCAUCUCGCAACACAAACACUGGAAACACAUGCAACCUCGAGCGCGCCUGCCUGCGACUGCGCCUUUCGAAUGCCUCCCGCCGAUACAAUAGCACCAACCCGGAGGGCGCUCAGGGUGCCUCUGGCGCGGCGCGCACCAUUCCCGGGCCCAGCUGGCUGUGGCUCGAUCCCAUCGUGGAGCCGUUCCGGGCAUAUGGUCGCGUGCAGCAGAGGCGGCCAUACAUGACACAACUGGUCUCCUCGCUGAUCAUAUACUUCAUCGGCGACUGCGUGGCACAAAGCAUCACCCAACCCGAGCCUUCUGCCCAGCAACCCGAACCUGCCGAAGACGAUGCCGACGAGAAGGGCUGGGUCCAGAAAUGGAGCGACGAGCGUGACUGGGCUCGCACAGGGCGAGCCCUUGUCAUUGGAGGACUGAGUGCCAUUCCAUCGUACAAGUGGUUCCUGUGGUUGUCCAAGAGCUUCAACUACCAGUCCAAGAUUCUCUCCCUAUCCACAAAGGUCUUCGUAAACCAAGCACUCUUCACCCCGCUGUUCAACUCGUACUUCUUCGGCAUGCAGACGCUCCUCUCGGGUGCAUCCUUCUCCGAAAUCAUCGAGCGCAUCCGCAACACCGUGCCAACAAGUUGGUGGAACAGCUGCAAGGUCUGGCCCGCAGUGACGGCUUUCAGCUUCACCUACGUGCCAAUCCAGUACAGAAGCAUCUUCAGCGGUGUUGUCGCCAUUGGCUGGCAGACGUACCUGAACCUGCUCAACCAACACGCCGCUGCCGAGGAGGGGAUGCAGCAUGCUGCAGGACACGUCGCACCAGUCAACAUCAGGACAGUACACGCCCAUGCCGAGGGUGGUCAGGGCAUGCAGAAAUGCGCUGCCUAGAUGUGUUGCUGUCAGAGAGCCACGUCAAAGGCAUGUGGGCCUGCUGGACCGAAUCCGUUGCGCAACCCAGACCCCAUUACAUUCCUUCGCUGACGUCAGUCAGUCGCCUCCUAUUUUCCUUUUCUCUUUUUCGUUUGUUCAACCAUGUCCCUUUUCAAGAUCAGGGCCUUUUUGCAUUAUAGACUGGCGUUAUACAUUUGAUACCACGAGCGCCGAGUAGAAGCGCCGACCUAGACAC